AUGAGUUACGGUGCUAUUCCAACUUCACCUACUGGUGAGAGCUCGACUGACCCGAGCAUUACGACAGCCCUUCAACAAAAAGACAAGAAAAAAGCCGAUCAACCAAAUGACAGGAGAGAACGUAAUACACAGCCAAAUGACAGGAAAGAACAUAAUACACUAUCUCAAGAAAAUCUUGCAGAAUUCCUAGAAUCAAAAAAAGCCCACUGGUUCAUUCUUCUUUUGGUAACAGUGGAUUUUCUCACUGUAAUUACCGUAAUUUUCAUUACACUCUACGAUCAGGAAAAAGAAGACUCCAUGCUCAUUGAAGUAUUACUAGAAAUUGGUUUUGGAAUCAACAUAAUAUUUGUGAUUGAAGUGAUCUUGAAGUUUAUCGUGUUUGGAUUCCCGUAUUUCUAUACAGGAGAAUUUGGAUUCUUACAUGGAUUUGACGCGUUUAUUGUGAUUACCAGUUUUGUGCUCGAACUGUUUCUUAAAGGAAAAGAAGCAGAGAUUGUGGAAUUGUUGUUGUUGUUUAGAUUUUGGAGAUUAGUUAAAGUGUUGGGUUCUGUGGCAAUUGGAGUUGCAGAGUAUGAUGAAGCACAUGAUGUUGCUAGAGAAGCACAUGUUAAAGGAUUGAGAGCAGGAUUUCGUAAUGUUUUGAAUGAGGUUAAUACUAUUGCUGACGAGGAUCGAUGGCCUGAACAAAAGAAAGCGAGAGUAUUCGAUUUAGUCGAAGAUACUUCGAUUAUUCCCAAAUGA